AUGUCGGACCACGAGUACGCUCCUGCUUUCUUCUGUGCCCAAUAUGAGGCGAUGAAACUGUCCCUAGCUCGCCAGGAACUUAGCUUGAGACCUUGCACUCUUGCCUUCUACUGGAAUGCAAAGGGUAAAACCAAUAGCUCUAGGUUUAUCCAGGAGGGUCAACUCGUCAAAACUUACGAGUAA